GAAGCUUCGACUGAGUAACACAAAUGCGUAUGCUAUUAGAAGGGAUUACCCUCUCGAUGUUGACAAAAUGUUGUUGAAAAUUGGCAGAUCUCAUUAAAUACAAUUUCUAGAAAAUGCUAACCUACGAAGUAGGAUCGGGCUUUGUGGAGAGGUAUGACUGCAGGGCGAAGGAGAACCAGCUAGAAAUCCUGGGUAUGACAAGGUCCAUACACUUGCUGCCUGUGACACAGAUGCUGCAGAUCUAAGGAUAAUUAAAAAAAAUGUGACCUAUAUUCUAUUUGCUCUUCGGGGGGAGGGGGGUUGAUGCUGUUCAGAACACACCGCCGGAGGGUUUUUUUUUUUUUUUUGCAUGACCACCCACUGUGCGCUUACACAUAUUCUUUGUCUUAUUUCCGGGUUUACAGAGCACAAUUACAGAAAACCAAAAGUAUCAAUUUCUUCACUUCCUGGAUGCUUCCAAUUAAUCUGAAGAGAUGUCUGUCGGAUUCUCACGAACAUGCUCCCAUUUAGUAAUAGUGCGGAACUGCCGCAUCUAGCAGCUGGCAGAGCUAGAAUUUUACCUAGGCGUAUUGCGUACGCUGUGUUAGACUGCCAAGUAAUUUAUUGUGAUCAUAUAAAGCAGAGCGAAACAUUGUUUUUCUCUGUUUUUUCUUCUGGAACCAUGCUCUCACUUCUAAUAAAGUGGCGGCCGCCAUCCUCGAAUUACAUAGUAUCGUAAGCCACAACGAUGGGAAGGCGCCAGGUAUUCGGUUUCUUAGCUCUCUGUAUCACCAGCAUGGUCGUUUGCAAGCUGGGUACACCACCAGGCCCCAUGGAACUGCAACGAGAGCCAGUAGAUGUUUUUAAGGCAAUGGAGGAAUUUCCCUACAUUGUGGCCAUCUCAGACUGGGACAACGACACCAUAUUCGAGUGCUUGGCAUCAAAGCAAAUGGCCAUUAAUCCAGAGACUCACUCUGCCACCUACGCCUAUUUUUUGCCUUUAUCAGGGAAAAAACUUGUGUUCGAGAUAACUCCGGGCGAUUCUCCUGGUAUGCUGACUCUUACUUCGACUGAAGAUCCUCAACCGAGAGAUGGCAUGGUCUACUACACAGACUACGAGACCUGCGUUGUGGCAAAUUUGAAUUUGCAAGGAGAAGGAAAUCUGUGCACGCUGUGGACACGACCGCAACUGAAGGACAACGUGCCCCAACACUGCAUCGAUCAGUUCGUCGACGUUUGCGGAAUUAUCGCUCCUGCUCACAGCAGGGACCUUUGCCCGGACGGAGAAGGCGACUAUUAGCGCGGUUAUCCAGAGCCGCAUAUGGAUACCACUGGCAUAUAGUCAACGCUGUGCGGCAACUGCUGUCGGCGGGCUUUUCGAACCAGGAAAAUUGUAUUCAUCUUAUUCGCGGAUCUUUUACUUGCUAUCAUUCAUAUGACCUUUUAUCCCAGGCUUAAGAUCACUUAUCCUAUAAUAUUCUCCCAGGAUUAUAGUCUACAUGUAUCAACGAGCGAUCAUUCGGUUUUUCUCCACUGAGGUAUAAUUAUUCAAUGUCGGUACUCUAGAAUAUCGCUUUCAGCUAAUGUUAGCUAUUCACUGUUACAUAGAACUAGUUGACAUAUCUUUAUGUUUUUGCAGCUACAGGCCAAGCUAAAAGUUUAGCGCUCUCUCUUCCUACUACUGACAAAGGAAACUUAAAUAACAAAGAAAUACCUUUGGCUUAUCUUUCCACCCGCCAUGUGUACUUGUCUACAAAGUAAUAUUAGCUCAUGUGAAGGCGCAUCCUUCAAACCGCAUUAGGUUUCUUCAUCAAUGUGUUCGCAAUCUGUUCGAGCCACCAAAUAAAUACGAAUUGAC